AAAAGGAAAAUUCAAAGUCAAGUGAUCAUUGUUUAUUUAUUGGAAAGUCGAUUUCCUGUCAGUGUUGAAAAUCGCCAGAAAACCAUAACAAAAUUGUAAAUAUGUGCGGCGGGUUUACGUGCUCGAAAAACGCUCUAAUAGCACUUAACAUGCUGUAUAUAGUUGUUGCUUUUAUACUUAUAGGGGUAGCAGUUUAUGGAAGGGCUGCUUCCUUAGUCACAAAUUUACCAAUUAUAGGCGGCAUUUUGGCAUGUGGAAUUAUUCUUAUCCUCAUAUCAUUAUUGGGGAUGAUGGGGGCAGUCAAACAUCACCAGGUGAUGUUGUUCUUCUAUAUGUUGAUUUUGUUUCUCUUAUUCCUCAUCCAAUUUUCCGUGGCUUGUGCCUGUUUGGGCGUCAAUCAGUCUCAGCAAGAACAGUUGGCCCAGCAGGGAUGGAAUAGAGUGGACAAUGCGACUAGGGCUAAUGUGCAGAAGACAUUCACAUGUUGUGGUUUUGAUGCAGAAGUCGAUAAGCUGCUUCCACAUCCAGAAUGUUUUGAUGUUACAGUAAGAAUGAGAUGUUGUUCAGAUGCUGAGCACAAAGUGUGUGACUGUCCAGGAGGGUGCUUACACAAAUUGCAAAGCACGAUCAGUUACGCAUUUCAACUGUGUGGUUGGAUUGGUUUAUUCUUCAGUUUCACUGAGUUUAUGGGAGUGUUGUUAACCGUACGUUAUCGUAACCAAAAGGAUCCCCGAGCUAACCCAAGUGCUUUCCUAUAGUAUCGUAACAUUCAGGGUCUAGUACAGGAUGGUGGUAGGAAUCUUCUUGACAAAACGUUAUCGUAACCAGCAAGAUCCCGAACAUCUAAAAGCUAUUGCUGUUUUUCCUAGUCACAACACAUUCACCUAUUAGCGCUACAUUACAUUCCUUCUAGUCAUUAUUCUAUGGGAGCAUCAGGAACUAACCGGGACAUGUACCUUUACAGAUACAGUUUUUCCAUUCCCUGUAAUUGUUGCGCUCCCAUAAUUUAGUUGCGAACAAAUUGAUGUACAUUUUUUUUUAUAACUGUAGGUGCAAUUAUAUAAACGCAAACAGUGGAAUCCACUGCCAGUGGCCAUUUUACCAAAGACUUUAUCUAUACAACUGUAUAUUGAUUUAAUUUUUUUUGAACUGAUACGUUUGUGAUGUCUUAUUUGUUAGUUCAAUUGUCUACUCCUUUCCUUCCACUUCUUCCAGUACUUUAAUGAUCAUUAAUAUGUUCAGGGGUGCUUUAUCUCAUAAUAUACACUUUAUAUUUA